AUGCUUAUUAGGCUCAGGUUUCGCAACAAACACCAGGUCUACGCGGUCAUGUUCCUAGCGCUGUUCUCUUUGACCUCGAUCUACGCAAUCUUGAAGUACAACGAACCGGCGAAGACCUAUCCAGACCGGCAUGCGUCGCAGCAACAGGUGCAAAAGAAGCUCAGUGCGAGUAUACUGGAUGAGGAGGGGCUCGGUUGCCAGAUUCCUGACUUGGAUCCGUUCGCCGAGGAGGUGAUGCGGUUCAGCAUGGACACGCCGAAGAUCAACUGCGAGGGCGUCGAUUGGGUCGAAUGUCACAGGUCUGAAUGUUCCGUCAGUAAGGCUAUACUGGACAGUAUGCGCGACGUGACCUGCAUCUACAAGGACAUUAUCUACGUGGACGAUAAGAAAUACCUCAUCGGCGAUCCAGUCAAAGUCCACGGCGGCGGGAGUUACCCUCUCAACCGAAGCGACCACGUGAAAGUGUCGUGCUCGGGGAAGAGUUUGAAAGGGCUCGGUCUGAUGUCGUCGAGGUGGCACGGCUACAAAGCGGGCCUGCGUCCGAUAGAGAUUGUAGACCCCGAACCGUCUCAUGAUGGCAUGAACGUCAUGAUACUCUGUUUCGACUCCACAUCCCACAACGGGUUCAGGCGACGGAUGCCUCACAGCUACAGGGCCCUGACGGAGGAGUUGGACGCGACAAUACUGCACGGGCAAGUCGUAUUCGAGCUG